AUGGCGACAAUGUCAUCCAAGGAUCUUCAAGAACGUGCACUCAGUGUCCUAGCGCUCGCUACGCAAAUACAAACUUGGCUCUCCAAUGCCAGCACCUCUGAACAAUCCCUGAUAGCGGAUACAUCUGUCGAACUUCUUAACAACUAUCUCGGCGAGAUACCCUUGUUCAUAGUGGCACCCUCAUCAACCAUCCGUCGUCAAUUGGACACUGAAGGAACGAAGCUAUGGAAUACUUGCACACAACUCAUAGCAAUUUCUGCUGACAAUUCCGAGCUGAAGCUAAUGAGUAAAGGUUUGAAAUCUUCGCAGCUUGCUUCUUCUGCAGAAAUUCUGACAAUCGCAGUGAAAGCUCUUGCUUUUGCAAUGAUCGACUGUGCCACGUCAGCCCACAAUCAAGGGAACAGCCGAAGCUUCGAGCUUGCUUUGAGAGCAGCCCGUACUUAUCAGGGACAUUUGGAUCUGAGUCAGAAGAUCAUCGGUGUAGCGGCUGCACGCUUAAAUGAUAUGUCUAGAAACAAGAGCAGCCACAACGGAGCGAAAGUAGAAGCCUACACGACUGAAUACUACAUGCUGCGUGUUUACUUGUCCUGGCUGCAAGGAAGAUCCGAUAUUGCAGAGCAUUUAUUCUCCAAGGUCCCGCAAGCGAGCCCAGGCGGUCAUCAAGAGACUGUUAUGGAUAUCUGCUAUCAAGUUGGGGCCCAGGCAAUCACACGUCGGCAGUUUGAUGUGGCAGCUCGAUGGCUUGAAAGAGCUCUGAGCUCAAGCGAGCUUCUUCAGAAGGAAACCCAACAAGUCAAUCCGGACCUGAAGGAUAGAAAGCUCCAGGUCUUGAUUGCUUUCGCUUGGGUUAGUCUUCAUCUCGAUACGGCAGACGCAAAGCGUCGUCUUGACAGAGCAGUAGUGUGCUUGAAAACUGAAUAUGAUGAUUCCUUCAAAGUUCAUGUUCUUCAACUUGAGAUUCUCAGCAAGGAGAAUAUUUCCGACUGCGAAGAAUAUGCUGAAAUCCUUCGACGCGCCAUUGCCGCUCUGGAGCCCAACGAUGCUGAUAUUAAGACGAAACUGAUCUCCUGCGCCCGAGAUGAUUCAAGCACGCUUGAGGCGCAUAAAGUCAUUGUUAGACACCUCGAAGAAUGCAAAUCCUCAGCAUCUACGCUGUACAUGCUGUAUGGGGUAGCUUUACGAGAUAACGACUAUACUCUUGAUCUAUACCACAAAAAGAGCGGAAUCAAAGACCGAGCCUUUAUGUAUCUCCUUGGCGAGUACGUCAAGUCCAACAACUUGAUAGCCGAGGCCCGUGGUCAUACUCCCUCUUCUGCGAAGGCCUACGAGCAAAUCCGCCAAUCCGUCCAGCGCUUCGGAACCCACAUUCAAGCUCAACUUGAUACAUGCAACACUGUACGCGAACGAGAGGCAUGGAUCAAGAAGCAUCGCCUCCUGAUCGCCUUCGACUUCGAGGCAGCCAUCAAUCUCAAGCAAUGGAACGACAUCCCUAACAUAAUCGAGAGAGCCAACACGAUCCUCGACGACCAGCUGUGCUCAGCAUUCCUAGAGUGCAUCCUCCGCUCUGGAGCGUCAGCUCCCAACAUCGCACAGGUUGUCAAGGAUAUAAUCUGCAUCUUCCACUCAUCGCCGUCUCCAUUCUUCGGCGCUGGGGACUUCCACCAGAAACUCCCCCGGUAUCUACGGUGCCUGUUUCAAAUAGCUCUAGAGGCAACAGACUACUCAUUGGCAGAAUCAGUCCUUAACCAAGCUGUCGUCCUAACUCGCGAUGGCUCAGCAGACACAGACUUGCCGUUUGUAUAUCCGAGCGACGAGCUGAAAUGGCUCGCAACCGUGGCUUUUAAUGGAGCGGUCGAUUUCUAUCUUGCCUCGGCUGAUGAGGACUGUCGAAAAUGGGGAGAGAUUGCGUUGACACUGGCUGGUUUGAUAAAGGAUGAUGGUGCGCUGUUGAGACUGCUGCGGCAAAACUAUGCCAAGCUCUUGUGA